GGGCCCCCGGAGGGCGGCUCGCGAGCCCCGGCCGGGCGCUGAGGCCCCGCCCCCAGAAGACGGUGGCGGGGGGCGCGGCUUCCCUCGUCCCUACAAAAGCCGCGCGCCUCCGCCCGCUGUUGCCCAGCUGUGCUCCAGCUCCUCGAGUGGCGGUGAUGGCGUCGCUCACGGUGAAGGCCUACCUUCUGGGCAAGGAAGACGCAGCCCGCGAGAUCCGCCGCUUCAGCUUCUGCUUUAGCCCGGAGCCCGAGGCCGAAGCCGAGGCCGCCCCCGGCCCCCGGCCCUGUGAGCGGCUGCUGAGCCGUGUGGCUGCGCUCUUUCCUGUGCUCCGGCCCGGCGGCUUUCAGGCGCACUACCGCGAUGAGGAUGGGGACUUGGUUGCCUUUUCCAGUGACGAGGAGCUGACGAUGGCUAUGUCAUAUGUGAAGGAUGACAUCUUCCGCAUUUACAUUAAAGAGAAGAAGGAGUGCCGGAGGGAUCAGCGCCCCCCGUGUGCUCAGGAGGUGCCCCGAAAUAUGGUGCACCCCAACGUGAUCUGUGACGGUUGUAAUGGGCCCGUGGUGGGGACCCGCUACAAGUGCAGCGUCUGUCCUGACUAUGACCUGUGCUCCGCCUGUGAGGGCAAGGGCCUGCACCGGGAGCACGGCAAGCUGGCCUUCCCCAGCCCCUUUGGGCACUGCUCUGAGGGCUUCUCUCAUAGCCGCUGGCUCCGGAAGCUGAAACAUGGGCACUUUGGUUGGCCUGGCUGGGAGAUGGGCCCACCGGGGAACUGGAGCCCACGUCCUCCUCAGGCAGGGGAUGCCCACCCUGGCCCUGCCACGGAAUCAGCCUCUGGUCCAUCAGAAGAUCCCAGUGUGAAUUUCCUCAAGAAUGUAGGGGAGAGUGUGGCAGCUGCCCUCAGCCCUCUGGGCAUUGAAGUCGACAUUGAUGUGGAGCAUGGAGGCAAGAGAAGCCGCCUGACCCCCUCCUCUGCAGGCAGCUCCAGCACAGAGGAGAAGUGCAGCUCUCAGCCAAGCAGCUGCUGCUCUGACCCCAGCAAGCCAGACAGGGACGUGGAGGGCACAGCACAGUCUCUGACGGAGCAAAUGAAUAAGAUCGCCCUGGAGUCGGGGGGUCAGCCUGAGGAACAGAUGGAGUCUGAUAACUGUUCAGGAGGAGAUGAUGACUGGACUCAUCUGUCUUCAAAAGAGGUGGACCCGUCUACAGGUGAACUCCAGUCUCUACAGAUGCCUGAAUCUGAAGGGCCAAGCUCUCUGGAUCCUUCCCAGGAAGGACCCACAGGACUGAAGGAAGCUGCAUUGUACCCACAUCUGCCACCAGAAGCUGAUCCCCGGCUGAUUGAGUCCCUCUCCCAGAUGCUAUCCAUGGGGUUCUCUGAUGAAGGCGGCUGGCUCACCAGGCUUCUGCAGACCAAGAAUUACGACAUCGGGGCUGCCCUGGACACCAUCCAGUAUUCAAAACACCCACCACCUUUGUGACGAUGUUUGCUCACACAUUCUGUGUCCCCUUUCUGUCUCAUAGUUGUGUUGAGUUAGUGUAGAACCCCAGUGCCUCUAAGUGCCAAUUUCUCGUCAUUCUUCUUUCAGAAUCUGGGGGGUGGGGAUGCACAAAGCCAUUUAGGGCAGUAAGAACAAGUGACAUGGGGGGAGUUCCAAGUGUGUGAGUGCUGAUUCUGAGAAACGGAUCAGUUUCCCAUGGAUGUCUGGCUCCUUCCAGCCAGGGGAGCCCCCUUGGGGCAGAGCGAGAGACUCCUUGUGGGGAGGACGUGGAGACCGUACUGCAUCCUAUCCGCACUCCCCCUGCAGGAUUAUACCAGCAGUCCAGAGUAGAUCUUGCCAAAUGGCUUCCUGCUUUUUCUAAUGACUACACUGAUAUGUAAUUGAUUUUCUGCUAGAAGUUUGAUAUCCUUUGAAUUUAGCUAAAGGAUCACCAGCAUUCAGCCGGGGUGGAAGAGGCUGUCCUGUAGCGAUUAUAGCUCAGGACUGUAGCUAACAUCUGAGAAUAAAGAAGGGCUCACAGAGGAACUGAUGUUGUUCAGAGUACUGCCUAUUUCAUAACCACUGUAGUUACCAUUUCCAAACGUGUCGGCUGCUUUUAAAGUUAAGAAAAUCGCUUUGUAGCCAUUCAAUUUGUAAACAAUUUUAAUUAAAGAUAUAAACACUUUAAUCAAAGAUGGUA